GGGUUGUUCGAAAUCGGAGUUUAUGAAGAGUCCGCGAAGGCACCGUCGUUUGACGACGGAGACGAGAGGAAAGAAAAGGGCAAGGAAGGGACUUGUAAUAAAUUCAGCCUCUCACUCUUGGCGCCAAUCCGAUUUAAAGACAAAAACCUUUGAGUUUCUUUUGACAUUUUCGUGUCAUUUGCGGCGGACCGCUGCUUCUACCCUAGCCCUCGGUCGGUGCUGUAGCUAGUUAGCCUCGUUAGCACAUUAUCUAUCAUUGUCAUAUUAAUCUGGCCCCAUUCUCUCUCUCUGUAGUCACGAUAAUAACUCAGCAACAGUCAAGCACAGGGACAAUAGAGGUGUGUUCCCACAGGGGCAUCGAUAAGAGACAGCUGCAAAAUGGGGGUGAGUCGAUUGUGUUUUGCCUAUUGUCUGGGAGAUGAUACAGUGAAAUGUGGAUGUUUUUUGCCUCAUUAAUGUGUGAUGGUGAGAAGAGAAAGACAGAAGGAAGGAAGGAAGGGGGGAGGAAGGGAAAGGAAGACAGACAGACCAUGGUGGAUGGAUUUAGUUGAAGGUGUUGGUUGGCAUUAAAGCUUAUUUGGCAGCGUUAGCAUUUCAGCUGCCUCGUUAUGUCUUUGAAAGCAAAGUAAGCUUAGCACCAGGGUACACUUUGAUUUCUAUGAUGAUUUUAGCUUUAUUACUGCAUUGUCCUUGCCCACACACACUAGGUUGACUUGUAAUAUGUUGUGCCAUUGUUAGCGUGCUAGCUGUGUUAGCCACACAGGAAUGCCACCCAUAGAUGAGUCCUUCCCUAACAGUUUACCUUACAACUAAUAGUGUGUGUGCUCACCUUUUACAACAAAGCAGACUUUUAAUUUCUAUCAACACACCUGGUUGUAAUAAAGUCAGACUUGUUGGAUGUGAGUAAUCUGCAUAUCAACACCAACUAGGCCUACACUCAUGCCUGAAAGCUGACCAUAACUUUAGCCAUGGUUGACUUAGUCCCUGUGCAGACUUGAGUUUAUCCUUCACUUUCACCACAGAGAAACUAAUGCACGUGUUUCCAUAGUCUCAACCCGGUCUGCAGCCCCUCUGUGGUGCCGGGUACAGAGUUAAUACCUAAAGUUGGAAAGGAAAUACAUUCCUUCCCAUAGUAGUUACCUCUGCUGUUGAGGUCUGGAUCUAAUGAAGGGAUUUAGUUAAUACCCGCUUGUUUGUUCAAUCCUUGUCCAUGAAGCAUCAAUGCAGCAUCUGCACUGUAAACUUGUCCCUGAAAGCUAGGCAAACAUGUUUUUUUUGGGGACAAUUGUAUGUUCAAUAGAAAACAGAUAUCAGCACUAGGGAUGGGAAUCGAGAACCGGUUCCAAAUGGUUCAAUCCACUGACAUAGUUUAGAUUUUAUCGUAAUGAUUCCCUUGAUGAUUCCUUUCUCCGGUCUCCUGAGGGACCAGAGACUUGGAGGAAAAAAUGUGUCGAAAUGUAAGCAGAAACAAUCUGAAGUGUGGCUUCAUUUUAUUCAUAAAUGUCAAAUGUCUGGGGCUUUUUAUGGAAGUUUUGAGUUUGUGUAGCAUGGAAUAACUGACCCAAAAAGACCCUCAAAAUAGUAGUAGUGUCCUUUUGUUUUUGGUAAUCCAGAAUAUGGUCACCCUAAUUUGACAUAUUACUGACCGAAGUUUGUUUGAUUAUUUUGAGACUCUCACUGAAGGUGACAUACAUCUUUUUCGGUUAUCAGAGACUCAAUACAAUUUUGAGUUAACGGUGAAAACCUAUAGUCUAAUUUUUUUUUUUUAAUCAAAGAAAGGCAUUGAUAAGGGAAUCGUUAAGGAAUUGAAUCGUUAAGCAGAAUCAGUAAUGGCAUUGUUAUUGGUAAAAUCUUAUCAAUUCCCAUCUCUAACCAGCACUAAGGGUAUCAGUUGUUAUGACAAAAUCCAUGAUAGUUUCCAACAGCUCGGGGUUAGGGCUGGGCGAUAUGGACCAAAAGUCAUAUCCUGAUAUAUUUAGGCUGAAUAUCGAUACACGAUAUAUAUCCUGAUAUUGUUUUCGCAAAGUGAGAGUGUUUAGUCACAGUCAAAGCCAAAUAUAACAUGUCACACGUCAUUCUACUUAAACUGUCUGGAUGAAAUUAUGCUCAGCUGUUCAAAGAACAAUAAAAUGUAAACAUAAAUACUGUAUAACCACAGGAGUACCUUUUUUUUAAAAUUGGAGCUCUAUAAGGUGCACAUUGAUUUCUUAUAUCGAUAUAUCGCCCAGUCCUACUUGGGGUGAGGUCAGCUUUUUGUGUAACCACAGUGGUCCAAAACUUAAACCUACCUUGUACAACAUUUUUUACAACAGGGAUAAGAAGAAAAUCCGCUAUUGCAGUGUGACUUAGGGAUUGAUUCGUCAACAAAAUUGUACGAGCUUAUUUCCUCGGGGUUAAACAGCUUAUUCUUCCAGGUAUGCCAGGUCAUAGUUCAGCUAAGAAAUCCUAGAAUCCACAGAACUUCUUAUGAAACUGUGUAAACCACAUUCAUAUCAGCUGUCUGCGAGGCUCAUAUGCAGUCAGGGUAAUCUGUGGGAGUAAUUUGUGUGGCUACACCAUUGCUGAUACUUGUUGGAAAUGGAGCCAAGAGCAGGCUAAGUAAGAGUAUCCAUUUCAGAGAUUUGUUCCAAUACAAUAGUCCUACAGUGAGAGCAAUAUGCAACAUCAGCGACAUAAACACACCUCAGCUUUACACGACGGCAUUGACAGAUGUUUGUAGAUCAAGCUAUGGAGAGGAAUAUGAAUAUGUGUGUAUUAUUUUCCCUUUUUUGUUUUUAAAUGCUAAUAUUCAUAAGAGAUAAAGGUUUAUUUUCUGUAUUGAUGAUCUUUCCAAAAUUUUCCAUGUCAGCCAAAAUCUCUCUUUUGUUCUGUUCUGUUUUAUAAAGAUGUCUUGUGAUCUGACAGACCAGCUCUUUUGUACCAAAGUGCAGCAAUUCCCUGUCAUGUUAUACCGAGAGACUACAUGCACUUCAAUCUAUUAAGCAGGGAUACACUGAAGACAAGGAUCGUGUAACACCAGAGGCAGACAGCACUGAAUUAUAUUAACAGCCUCACAGUAGAUAAUAUCCAGAUGAAAAAGGACUGGUUUGGAUGUUUAAUUGAUCACAUGAAAUCGAGGAGGGAAUUGAAUAAGAAGGAAAAAUGGAAAAGACGAUCUCAUUUCUUUGAUUUUUUACAAUUUGGGUGAAGAUUCAGAAGUACAGACUUAGUUUCUGGAUUAUUUUAGCCUUUUUAAUGAAAUAAAAAACUAAUUUUCUGUCAAGGAACGGUGAAGAGUGAUCUGAUUAAAACAUGUGGUGGGGGAGAAAUAGUAUAUUAUGACACAUAUGUGCUUUAUAGGUGUUCCCCCUCUGUGUCAUAUCCUCCUAGUACUUUGAUUCGCUGCUACUAUCUCAAAAACAGCUGAAUCGAUUCGCCCUAACCUUGUUUCCUUGUUUCCUGUGUCCAGAGAAAGUCUAACAGAGCAAAGGAGAAGAAAGCCCGGCGUUUAGAGGAGAGGGCAGCUAUGGAUGCUGUUUGUGCCAAAGUGGAUGCAGCAAAUAAGGUAAUUUUCGUCGCAGUCUGGCACAAAGUUCUUCAGGGCAAGUUUUUAUUGUAUUAUUUAGAACGUAGGGAUGGGCGAUAUGGGGAAAAAGUUUAUCAGCAUAUAUUUUUUCAUAUCAGUCGAAAUAAAAAAAAUCACUUGUUGAUCUUAAAUGUUCCCUGUUACUUUUAAAGGAUAUUUAACAUGUAUUUGACAUAAUUUGCAGUGCACAAUACUCUGCUUAUAUCUGACCUAAAAAAAACCAAAAUAUCUCCAUACAACAGACGUUUUCAUGCCAGCCAUUGUCUGAUGUCAUCAUCUGUUGAGCCUUCAUUCGCAUUUCUGCCGGGGUAGCAUGCAUUUUCAUUUUUCUCACCAACUGUGCUGUCGGCUUCACAUGUUAAAGUGCCAUGGUUCAGUGUUGUUUUCGUUGACGAUGACGUUCAAGAGAAUAUUUCGUCGUCAUCUUCAACGAAAGCAACACUGCAGAAUAUAUGUUUAGCGUUUGACAAACAGAAUGCUCAUGAAUUUGCAACUCUGUUCGUCGUCGUCGUCGUAUCAUAAAUCAUUAUUGUUUUAUCGCCCAGCUCUACUUAGAACUUUCUCUAAACAGAAGUUAAGAUGUUGACUUCCAAAGAAGCGCAGAAAUUAGCAUUUUUGUGUUUUGAAUGUUUCCUCCUGGCUCUCGAUGUGUUGUUUCAGGCUUUCCUCUGGAUUCAGACUGCAGCUAGAACAGCUUCCCUUAUACACUAGGAUUUUAAUCACUUAAAAGUCAAUGGUAACAUGUGAAGCUUGUGAUGCCCUCCUCUCUCUCUUAACAAACCAGUAAAUGAAAAUUCACAUUACAGGAUCUGCCAAAUACAGAACCAUAUGUUUAUUUCUGCAUAAUUUAUGAGUGUUUUUAAGAUUUUCACGUCUAAUUAGGGCACACAGCUGACAGACUCUGCAGUUUAUAGGCAGACCUCGGCAUUAGUAAACCUUGUUGAACACUGCAGAUGAGAAAAGCUCACUUGUCUGAAGCUGAGAUAUAUUCCCCUUUCCAACCAGUUCUUCACAGGCCUCCCUGCACCCCUAACUUUUCUGUGUCACAUUGUUCCAGAAAAGGGGAACUCUACAGUGCAUUUCGCCAAGAAAUUCUCCUCUAAGUACACAACUAUAUUUGUUUAUGCUGUAGUCAUCAACAGAAGUGAAUCUUGACUUUGGCUGGUGCCUGAAAUGAACAAAUAGUGCGUUCAGUGUUCCUGAAAGAUUUUGACUCUAUCUAGGAGUUUUUCCACUGUCUUAAAAUAGAGGACGGUUUGGCAGACCUACCAGGCAAGAGCCCAAAACAAGAGUCUCCUUUGUCACUGAAAAAAAGUCAAAUGACUCAUCAAGUGGUUGUUGUGCUAAGAUUUUUAGUUGUUUUUGUUUUAGUUGUAGUCUAAACUAUUAUAUUCCCCCCUCAACAAAGCUGCAUAACUCAUGUCUGCGCCCGGAGGCCCAGUGUGUCAUUGUGAAGGCUGAAGAAAAGGGGGAUAUGUAAUUUGAGAUAACUCAUGGGGCCGAGGGAGAGCUGAUUUUGUGGGUAAUUACUAUGAAUGACCAAUGGGGCUAUAACACUAAUAGCCCUCCCAUUUUCCGGCCCGUAUGGGUCCCACUUGGCCCAUUCAGACCUCGGAGCCUGUAGCUGAACCUGAAGGAUGCUUUCAUCAGCAGGACAGUUUUCCUUUUCCCCUCUCUUUUUGGAAGAUUUACUGCAUUUACAAAUAAAAGAACUUCCUUAAAAGUAGAAACGCGCCUGGAGAUCAUUUUCAUAAUCUGCCUGUUGUUCGAUCAAAAAAAUUUUUGCCUAUUUUUUUUUUUUUGGAUCAGAGCACACAGAGGAUUUCCAAAGACAGUACAUACAAAGACAAACGGCUCAUCUUAAUAUUUAAGUUGGAUCAAAAAGACUUGAAGAAAUUUAGCCUCAGUUUUAAUUUUUAUUUUUUUUUUUGGAGGACUCUUGAUCUAAUUUCGCUCCUUGUCUUUACAGCUCGAUGACCCCCUGGCUGCCUUCCCAGCCUUCAAAAAAUACGACAGAAAUGGGUACGCAUCCUUUACGAAGAACUCAUUCAGUAUUUUGUGAAAUGUACAGAGCUCAGCAUAAAUGAGUAAGAAAGCCUUUAGUUUCCUUUCAACAUCAACAUUUUCUGUCAGACUAUACAACAAAAUACUCCCCCAAAUGUAGGCCAUUAAUUGCAAUACAAAUAAAAAUCACUUUAAAAUCAGGAUGCAAAAAUGAGUACAACCCAAUCAAAGUUCUGGGAGCAAAACUAAAUUUUAGUUUCCAUGUUACCCUUAUUUUCAUCUAAUGGUGAAUAAAAUGUUAUAUUAAACUCAGCUUUGUUAAAACUUUGUACUUUUGCUUAUCUAGAUGUUGAGUAAUACAUUACUUUGAAUAGGAGGUGUACUGACUUAUGCUUGGUGCUAUAUAUUAUCUUCAUUUUGUCCAUGUGGGGGAGAUAGUGGGUCUUCGAUAACUUUUAUACCUAUUUUUGUUUCUUUUCUUCAUUUCAUUACAAGUUAAACACAAACAGCUACUACUUAAAAAACACACAAAAACCUCUGAGAUGUUGCUGACCUUCUUUUCUCGUCCUUCUGUCCAGGCUGAACCUGCAGAUAGAGUGUAAGAGAGUGACCUCGCUUAACCCACUGUCCGUGGAGUGGGCCUUCGAACUCACCAGAGCCAACAUGCAGACACUGUACGAAGUCUGUUCUGUCCUAUUUCCUUAGUUUUGAGCUGUAGAUGAGGAGCACAGAUGAAUGAGAGAUGUUAAUAGUAGAUGAUAGUUUCGGAGAAGUGCAGACAAGUCUAAAAUUCGAGAGUGACAUGAAUCAGAGAGUUUAGACUGCGCCUGUGGAGAUGCAGACAGAUUUAAGAUCGAAGCAGAGUUAUUAUAUUUGUCUGAUUUUUAAUGUUAUUCAGUUUGGCAGCAAGUCCGUCAAAAAAAUUCAUUUUUAUUCAGGGAAGAAACGAGGGAAGAAAGUCAGAACAUUCGAAAAUGAUGUUUUCUUUCUUUCCCUUUCAACUGCAGGUAUGAGCAGAGCGAGUGGGGAUGGAAGGAGAGGGAAAAACGGGAGGAGAUGAAUGACGAGAGGGCGUGGUACCUCCUGGCCCGCGAUGGCGACUCCGCCCCCGUGGCCUUCUCUCACUUCCGAUUCGAUGUUGAGUGCGGGGAAGAGGUUUUAUAUUGGUACGACACUGAUCCACGAGUCCUUUGAUUUCAGCACAGCAGCAGGUUUUCUUUUCAGGAGAGGCCGGAGAAAGACUUCUUUCUGAUCUGACUUUGUCUCUUCCCUUCAGCUAUGAGGUGCAACUAGAAAGCAGGGUGCGAAGGAAAGGACUUGGCAAGUUCCUCAUCCAGAUACUUCAACUCAUCGCUAACAGGUAAAAUCUACAGCUGAGAUCAUUUCUGCGCCACUUAGUGUUAACUUGCUUCGAGGCCUGGGUUCAGAGAAAACCGCACUUCUGGCUUUAUAUUCUGCUAAUAGCUGAAAAAGAGACUUUGGUCCCAUACUAGAAGAUUACAGACUGAUUGGUGAGCCAUUUGAUGGGGCUAUUGAAGUAGACCUGCAGACCUGUUCUCUGUGAAUGAAAGGUUUCAGUUCAGAUCAAGUUUUCAUAGUUCUUGUUGUUACACCUCGUCUCAAAAACAUGUGAUUAAAGAGAGCAGCAGCAGGACUAGAUAUAAUCGCCUCUCCUGAGUCAUUUUAGAUCUCAGCCAUGUCUUCAUGUCGGAGGAACCCCCCACCCCCACCCCCACUUUUCCCUGUUUUGUUUGUUUUCAUGAUGAAAGAAUGCUGUAUGAUCAGCAACAUGAUGUUUCUGUCGUUUGCAUGCUGUUUGGAUAUAGUGUCACAGCAGAGCUUUCUUGUUUUCAUAUAGCCAAAACUGGAAAUCAUUAUUAUAUUAUAGUAGAAACAUGGAUAAAAAGCAGCAGUGUAGCAGAAGAGAUGGUUAUCUAAAAAGUCAUUGCCUUUUUUCAGCUUUGGAUUUUCAUUUUGAACUUGAGUUUGUUUGCCAGAAAACUCUUCAUUGACGUGUUUCUUCUCCACUCUCGUGCUCCUGUUCAGUACGCAGAUGAAGAAAGUGAUGCUGACUGUCUUCAAACACAACCACGGGGCGUACCAGUUCUUCAGAGAAGCUUUACAGUGAGUUACAUUUUUAAAAAAAAAAACUACAGACAGUGAGAUUUUUAUUUAUUUAUUUCUGAGGUCAGACUUUGAGAACAGGAAGGAACGGUUUUCAGGAUACCACAGCAACAACAAAACAAAACAUACAGCUCAACUUCUCAGGCUCUUUCCCCUCAUCAGGACUUCCUCAUUAAAAACGACAGCAUCAUUUUCAGCAUUGAUCCUAUUAAAGAUUAUUGAAACAGUAAAUUAAACACACUCACUCACAGAUAUAUUGUUAGGGAUAACCUUCCAGAAUGCCUAAGAAGCUGAUUUUACAUCUUGACUUGGGAUCAUCCCAUAAGAGACUGUAAGAGAUUGAAGGUGUGUGCUGUGCCCUACUCUUCAUAAUGUGAGAAUCAAGACAUGUUUUUUUUUCUCAGUUUAUGUAUAUAAAUAAAUAUGUAUGUAUAUAUGUUGAUAGAUCGUUUUGUUUAUUCAUUCAUAUUACUGUAUUUUUUAUCGCAUUACCAUAUUUUUCGCACUUGAUUAUAAGGCGCAACAUCAAUGAACAUGUCUAUUUUCAUACAUGAGGCGCACCGGAUUAUAAGGCGUAUCAGAUAAGUCAAACUUUAUUUGACUCAUCAAUAACUCUGCGAGACUUUGGUAGUUGCAGUGCUCCGACAAGCCAAAAGGAUUUUAAGUGCGCCCUAUAGUGCGAAAAAUACGGUACUUUUCACCUUAAAAAGGGCCAACAGAGACUAUACUUUCUUAAGAAACUGGUGUACUUCCAGGUUGAUAAAACCAUGUUGAAGAUGUUAUACAGCCUUUUUGUGGAGAGCGCUUUGGGUUUUUCUAUCGUUUGUUGGUACGGGGCUUCAACAGAGUCGCAAAAGAGCUCCCUCAAAAAAAUAGUAACCGUUGUGAGCAAAAUGCGAGGAAGUCCUCUGAACAGCCUACAGCAGUGGUUCUCAAGUCCAGUCCUCGAAGCCCACUGUCCUGCAUGUUUUUGAUGUUUCCCUGCUCCAACACACCUGAUUCAAAUGAUCAGCUCGUAAUCAAGCUCUGUAAUGGCUCAAUAACGAGCUCAUCAUUUGAAUCAGGUGUGUUGGAGCAGGGAAACAUCAAAAACAUGCAGGACAGUGGGCCUCGAGGACUGGACUUGAGAACCACUGACCUACAGGAUAUUUAUUUACCUUGGGCCCUGGACAAAGCUAAGAAAAAGCAAAGCUGCUCCCCUCAGGUCGUAGAUACCAGUGCCCAGCCUUCACCAGGAACAGGUCCAGGCAGUCAUUUGUACCACAGGUGAUCUGAGAUUAAAUAAACUAAAAUAACUGUGAGCAGCUUUUAUUUUUAUUUUGUGCUGGUCUGAGCGCAGAUAUCAACUACUGGACCAUUUAUUGGAAUGGUUUUUUAUAUAUUUGUAUUUUUUUAUUUGAAAAGUACAGUACAGUGGUAUUUUUAUAUUGCUUUUUACCGGGUUGUUUGUUUUUAUGUGCGACAGUGUAUGGAUUUGUGUAUGGCUGUUGUCUUUGUGUUUGUUUUUUUUCAACUCACUACAAAUGAAUUUCCUCACGAGGAUAAUAAAUUCAACCUAACCCUAAACCUCAACCUUCAUCCCCUUGGCUAACACUCCUCCCCGUCUCUCGUUUCAGGUUUGAAAUAGAUGAAACUUCACCAAGCAUGUCCGGGUGUUGUGGCGAUGACUGCUCUUACGAGAUCCUGAGCCGGCGGACCAAGCACGGCGAGGCGUCGGCCGGACACACCCACGGUGGCGGGCACUGUGGGGGCUGCUGCCACUGACCCACUUCAGCCUCUUACCUUUUACGAUUGGUUAAAAGCCAGCAACUUUCAUUUGUGGCUGUGUGUGAAAGCUUGAGCUGCCUGCUACUCUGCAGACAUAUUUUGAGUUUGACGGCCGUGGCGUGCUGUUUUAAAAAUAAGCGAGCGGUGAAGCACCUGGCUGCAGAUGUUGUCUCAUUAGGGUGUGAGAUUUCUGUGUUUCUUUUUCUGUACUCCUGCUACAAUGGCAGUAUGCAGUGUGAGCUUUCACACACAACCUCCGUUGUUAUUUCCUACGUCUUGGUUUAAUGUCCUCCAUUUUUUUUUUCUCAUUUUCAAAUCUGAAUCGAAGAUGACGUGUAGUUCAGAGUCGAGAUCAAGCUAAGGCAUUACUGACAUCCUCAACCACUGCAGUGACCCUCAUCCCAACCUGCCCCCUGUUUCAGUUGUGUGAUACCUUGAAUCAUUGUGCGUCAAGACUUCACACGAACACACCACCUCCUGUCUUCGUGUCCAAAACCAAAUUAAGACGUAAAUGUCUACAAAUCAUGCUUUCAUUUCUGGGUUGAUAUUCGGUUCGUACAAUCCCCUGAUUUAUCCAGGAUCUCAAUCUGAGAUAAUUGGCCUGUUUUGGCAAAAACGGUAUGAGAUGCCAAGCUGUAAUGUAAUAUCAGCAACUUCCACGCAAACACUACCAGGCUUGUAGGUUUCCAAACAGAAUUACUGCUUUAACUGCUGUAACUUAGAGAGAAUUUGUCCAAUAAUGCCUUUUCGAAGUGUUUUAAUCUUUACGGUUGAAUUAAGUCAAAGUGUUAAUUUCACAUUUUGUUGCGAAAAAUUUGCCUCCACUGAUGAAAACAAUCCCCAAUAGACCGAUUUGGUUUGUUCAGAUGUUACACACAUGCCCCGUCAGAUUUCCUAAUCAGGAGCUUAUGUCGUGAACUAAAAGCUCGGAUAACAGAGUUCUCGUGGUUCAUGAAGGCUCUAGCUUUUUCCAAGAUUGCAUCCUCCUCCUCUUUUCUCUCCUGUUCCUCGUGCCUCUCGUUCUCCCUCCAUGUCCUAAAAGCGCUGAACUGUCACUGCAGGCCUGUUUCUGUUUCCAUCUUUACCCACCUUGUAAAAUUGCAUCACUCCUGCUUGCCUCUUUGUUCACUCGUUUACUAAGAGGUACUUAUGAUAAACAAGUAAUUGUCGGCGCUAGGUUUGUUGUAUUUAAAAAAAAAAAACUAAAACCAUCCUGCAUCCCUUUUCUUAUCUAUUCUGUUAGCAUGAGCAAAUCAUAUUGAUUUAAUAUGGAUGAGGACUGGUAUAGAUAAUCUUCAUUUUUGGGCCGUUUAAAUGCUUUUAACUUGGAGGAAGGAACAUCGAUUGGAUGAAUGAAUGAUGAGUUGAUGAUUGCAGGGCACUGAAAGUGUCUUUAUGGUUGUUAUUCCUCCUCUCCUCAGUUGUCUACAGUUUUCCCAGCCCACAGUCUUAGUUUGCAUGAGUAUACUGUAAAACUUUUUAACUAAACUUGUGAUCAAAAACAGGAUUACACACGAGCAGGGCUGCUCCUCUGUUUCAACACUUGAGUUAAUCUUUAGGCUGUUACUAAAGGAUUCUUGAAUAUAUCAUAUGAAUCUCCCUGAGGUAGAAUUUAUAUGAAAUAUCAGAAUAAUGUUGAUGUGUGGUACUCCUUUGAGAUUCUCGGCACCAACUCAGCACUAAGAUUUUGGCAAAGCUGUACUUCACACGACUGUCAAGAUCUUUUGUAGGAGUUCCUCUAGAAUUGAAAAGAUCACCCUUAAAAGACUGCUGUCACCACUUUGCUCGAGUCGAUUUUAUGUUUGUAUACAAAAACAUUCAGGGUGUCGGUUAGGUAAGAAGCCUUGUUAAGAAUCAACCAAAACCUUUAACUCCAGAACUUUGAUCUGAUUGUACUUGUGGGCUGGAUGUGAAGAUAAAGAGUUUUCGCUGUCUCUCUGAGAGACUUAACUGCUCUUAGAGCAUUUUGUAAUGUUUUUAAGGCAAAUCCAGCUUCCAUGUUACGUAAAUGAAUGCCUCAGAGAAUGUGAUGUAUGUGAGAUUGAAUUAUGGAGACAAUUUCUUAAAAAUACUCAAAUUUAAAGUAAUAUUUGUGUUACACAGGAACAAAUGCACCAUUCAACCAAAAACUUUCAGACAGCUAAUGGAGUUACUGGGGUGAAAGAUUUUGGUAGUUUCCAAGAUAAUCAAUGGGAGAUGAAGUAUCGGGGUCUCAUUCUUGUUUGAUCAUUAAAAAAAACACAAAAAAAAAAACAGUUUAACAACAUAUUGCUUGUUUUAGUGCUAGAUUACCUUCUGAUAAGAACCGUAAAUCAUUUUUGUACUGCAUAGCUUACAAGAACAAGAGGAUGUUGUACAUAGUGGUAGUAUAUCAACCGACUGACAGUCUCUCUCUCUAUCUCUCUCUCUCUCAGGUUAACCAAACGUAAACAAACCUCAUCUGUUACAUUUAACAGCCAUGUUGUCAGUUAGCUGUUUGCUGGGUUGGAUUAGCCAAAACUCUGACUUCUGGUCAGUUUUAAUUUGUGUGUCAUGUCAGAGUAUCUAAAGAAACAGACUGAAGAGCGCUGUCUUGACUCAACCUUGAGUGGUAUGAAUUUUUAAGAUGCAUUGAAUAGAAAGGCUGCUGGUCCCAUCUGAAAUUGCUUUAUGAAGACACAAAGUUGGAACUGACCCUGGAUCAGUGCUUUGGUGUUACAUUCAUUCCAGACAGAUGGGCUGUCUUAAAAAAUGGCAGUAAAACUGCUUUUGUGAAAAAUUAUUAAGUUUAAAAUGAGCCAAAACUUAACCAGUUUAUUUUAGUCAAUGAGUGCUUUUAUUUCAUAAAAUGGUUGGAUGCCCUUACGGUCCGCUUUUGUUUCUCUUGGUCUUUUCUCUAUGUAUAUAAAUAUAAAUAGGCUGUUGUGGAUCCAUCUUCAUUUUCAUUUCUUGGCCUUUUACAGGUGAAACACUUUUUUAGACAUGAUGUUAAAAGAAAAAAUCUCCAUGUUUGAGAGUGAGUGUUAAUGUCCUGUCCAUAUUCGACAAUGAAAGGGAAAACUGAGUCAUUAUGCCUUGUCAGUGUUUUAUUUGUACGUAACUAAUAAAGGAAAGUUGUUUGACUUUUCAAUGGAUUUGGG